CCACAAUUUGCGACUUUCAACAGCACCAGUUAUUUUUACGAGUGACCGUGAUGGGUGGAAAUUCGAUAUUCAUAGAAUAUAAUCUGCUAUGAAAUUGUUUAUAACCGAAGUGAUCAACAAUUUUCUGUAUAAUACGUCGCGAAUAAAUUAUAUUGUAUAGUUAUUAUUUGUACUUAUUUGUUUUCAGGGAGAGUUGCGUUGGAUUGAAUUUGCAAAUGAACCUCCCACAACUUUUCAACGGAUUGAACGAUUUGAUCAUGGUUGAUGGCAUUUCGAAAAGGCUUGACUGAACUUAGAUUUUGAUUAGAUUUGGACUGAUUCCGACCUCUAGAUUGUGAGAAAUCUUGAAAAAACUACGAAAAAGGAUAAAAAAGGAGAAUAAUGAUUUCACUGACAGCUGGUUAAUCCAUCAAGAUGUCUCUUCUCUAUUCAAGUGAAUCGACCGCAGCACAAUCGCUGUGUUUGAAUAAUUCGACCACAGAAUGUCUUCCCUGCAACUUGUCAGAUAAUGUGGGUGUUUCUUUUUUUGGACGUAUUCCAGAACUCAACGAAGAUCCCAGAACUGAAGUCUUAAGGAGAUACUCCUAUGCAUUCGCUUUACCGUCCAUAUGUUUCUUGGGAAUCAUCGGCAACAUAUUCAAUCUUAUUGUAUUAACGAGAAGAAAUAUGAGAGGACCGGCAUAUAUUUAUAUGAGAGGUUAUUCCCUUGCUGCACUCUUAGCUCUGCUAUGUGUUCUACCGUUUGCUUGGAGAGUUUUUGUCCACAGAGAACAAGGUCAUUGGGAGGAUUCAAUUCCAGCAUAUUAUUUCGCACAUCUAGAACUAUUCCUUGGCAACAGUUGUUUAGGAAUAGGUGUUAUGAUGUUAUUGGCUUUAACUCUGGAACGAUAUGUCAGCGUAUGCCAUCCAGGUCACGCUAGACCUAUUCUAGGAUCACCUGUUCGCGUUGUCACUAUCAUACCAGUAUUCUCCACAAUUUUUUAUAUUCCAAUCAUAUUCAGAAAUGAAGUGAGAACGUGUCAGUUGUUACCAGAAGGAACUAUAAUCUAUCAACGAGUUGAGGACACGGUUUAUUUAAAUAGUCCGCUAUUUAGUGUGUAUAAAAUUGUAUUAGAAGUAAUAUUCAAGAUAAUUCCAGUUAUUCUUUUAGCUGCAUUAAAUUUAAGAAUUUUAAUUGUGUAUAGAAGAUCUUGCGAAAGGAGAAGGAAGAUGACUAGUCGUAAAACAUCUGGUGAGGAUGAUCCUAAGAAGUUUGCAGAAGAAAGAAGAUUAGUUUUGUUACUUGGAUCUACGAGUAUAUUAUUUUUAGUGUGUGUAACACCUAUGGUACUACUGAAUAUAACCCUUUCAUAUGCUAAUUUGAUACAUUUCCACUACCAGGUUUUCCGCGCGAUAGCAAAUCUCCUGGAAAUUACUAACUAUUCAAUAACAUUCUACAUCUACUGUUCAUUUUCUGAAGAUUUUAGGAAUACUUUAUUGAGAACACUGAAACUGGGUGGUAAUACGUCACUACGGGAAGUACUCAGAACUCCACAACCUACUGCCACUACAACUACAACGCAACAAAAAGUUUUGAUUCAAUACUCCAAAAAUGCCCGAGGUAUGAAUACAAUAACAAUAUUUUGACAACUUAUGAGUUAACCUUACUUCUGUUACUGGACAAGGUAACUUUCGUAUCUGAUGGUAACGAAUUCCAAUGGUGUAAGCCAGGUCCCAAGAACUUCUGCUCUGGAUCUUGAUAAAUAUUUAAUGAUAUCAUGUAAUUCAAUAAUUAUAUGUGAAGCAUAUUCUUGGAGAGAUGAAUAGAAUCAUCAUUUUCAUUGUCAUCCUCCGAUAUAUUUUGAUUAGAAUUACUAGUUCAAAGCAUAACAUGUUUGAGUAACUUGGUAACAAAUUUUGUUAACGUUCGAAACAAAAAAAAAUAUUGAAUAAUUUUGAAUAUCUCAGUUUAUUAAUAUAUUUUAGCCUCUAGCACAGGGGUCGGCAGUCUUUUGAGCCCUUUUUUGGAAAAAAAAAUAAUCUUUCACUCAUAAGAGAAAAUAUAUUUUUAUUUUUAUAUUUGUAGCGUUCUUCAAAACAAAUUAGUUAAUUUACAUAUUUAUAUAGAAUUAUUAGGUAUCAUUUAGGUAAAAAUAAAAUAAAACAAUUACUCAUAGCUUAAUAACAUGAAUUUGAGUACACAAAUUCAAUGGCUUUGCAUGGCUUUAGAGUGUUUUGAUAAAUUAGGCUGGUAACUUUUAUGUUUCAAACACUAUAAAUUUUCAUUUUGUAGUUGGCUUCUUACUUAGAACAAUUCUACUGCUUUCACAAAACACAUGUGGUACCUUUUUUGUAUUGGUUAGCAAUAGGAAAUCCAAAAUAAUAAAGUCAUGCACUUUUAAAAAAAUCAACGGUGGGUCUUCUCUUCUAUGAAGAUAAACCUGUUCACAAACAUAACUUCGUUUGCACUUUUUACUUAACAUUUUAGUUGAGUAAGAAUAUCAAAUUUUAGUUACUUUGUAGGGUAGUUGAAAACAAUCAUCGUGUAAUAAAAAAAGUUGUACGUUAUAAAAUCAUUUCUUUUCGUAUUAAAGAAGAGUAGAACAUUUAUUUCGAGGUAUAGAAAGUUACGAUUCUCUUAUAUGCAACCCAACAUACAUUGUUCUUGUAACAUUUAAAAAUGAAGUAGUUGUAUUAGUAAUAUCUGUAAUUAUAUGUCAUUAAUUAUUCUCGUUAUAUUUAUAUGUGAAUUCGAAUAUCAAAAAAGGCAUAUAUGUGAAGAGUUUAAUUUGAUUCCACCAGAAGUGGCAGAAUUGCAAAUGUAAUAUAUUUAGUUUACUGCCUAAGAAACGCAGCGUGGCAUAUUUUUCAUAUGGGCCCGAAAAAGAGUUAAUACUAUGUGCAUGGCCCAAAUAUUCUAUGCUAAAAUCAUCCUGAAGACUUUAGUCAAACAUUGAUGUAUCUAACUUAAUUAUAUUUUUUUAAAUAAAGGAAAAAGAUUGACCGAGAGGUUGGUUUUUCUUCCUUUGCCUAUUUAGCCCAUCGAUCUUCCAUCAUUCUGUUGAUGUCUCUCCAAUAUCGCCAUUUCGAUCUCGUGAAUCGUACUAUAAAAUAAAGGUCUUACGAUUGUUUUGUAUAGGCGGACUUUACUAUCGGUGGACAUAUAUUUGUUUUUCCAACUGAGGUCCCCCAGAUAGCCAGAUAUUUUUGAGUGAAGUCGCGCAGAUAGCCAUAGAUUUUUCAGUACUUAUUUAUUUGGGCUCGUACCUCUUGGUGUAAGCUUUUGGCGCUUGUGAUCUCGAUUCCUAAGUAUGUACAAUGCAUAAACUGGUUAAUGAAUGUCUUUCACAGCUAGUUUGUAGGCUCUGUAGGCUAUAACUCAGUUUUUUCUACAGAUAUCUGCAUAUUAAGGUUUUCGGCUGUUGUUUGGAACUUAUAUAGCAUACGCUGUAUGUCAUCCUCGUUAUCUGCUAUCAAGAUUUAGUCGUCAGUGUAGCAUAAUAUUCUUAAUGAUUUUCGCCUCAUGUGGUAUCCUCCAGAAAGUUCUUUUACGCUAUUAAUUAUUUUUCCAUAAGUAAAUUCAACAAGAAUGGGCUCAGACUGUCACCUUGAUGAAUUUCUUUUAGUAUUGAAGCUUCUUGGGUAAACCCCGGCUGAGUUUUUUUAUUGAGCUUAUCUAUUACGUUUAUACAAUUUACUGGUGUGCUAUGUUCCCGAAGUAUUUGAAUGAUGUCGGUUAAUUGAAUUCAAUCAUAUGCUUCCUGGAGAUCGACAAAAGAAAGGAACGGGAGUUUUCGAUAAUAAUGGAUUUUUCAAUCAUUUGUCUGUCAAGUUACUUAAAUUUUUGAAAAUUUUUCUAUUAAAUAAUAAAUACUUUUUCAUUUAGAUAUAAAAAUAAUUUGGGUGAUGGUGAUAAAAAUAUAAUUAUCAUUGUAUUCUCAAUAGCGAAUACGUGAAAAAAACUCAAAGAGAAUUGACAUCUUUUCCAUAUGAAGUACCAGAUGAUAUCCAAUAUGUCACCAUACCAUCACCGGUGAUAAAAUGUGAAUUAGAACAUGUAUAUUUUACAGCAAAGAUCGUUUUGCAAGAUUUAAUGGAAAAAUGUUGCACUAGUAUGUACGAUUGUAUGUAUAAACACAUCACUGAAACUUCAAUCACAUAGACAUAAUUAGAUGUGAAAUUGCGUCUAAUAUCAAACUUUGUACAUGUUGUUCAUUAUAUACAUUUUAUACUACGAGGUAUACCAUAUAAGAAUGUUACCUGAAAAAUCUACCCAUCCAUGAAUAUAGGGUGCUACAUUUAUUACGACUUUAUUAAUAUAAGAAAUUAGUAUGUAAAUAUAUGAUUGUAUAGUGCUCCUAUCACUUUUAAAAGUUGCAUGAAACUUUCCCAUUAAAAUAUUUAUUUAUAUCGUCUCAAACACUUUAUAUAGAUUAGUGAAAAUAUUCGCUAUGGAUUUUCAAAAAAAAAAAAUUUGUUUUGUUCUAUGAUGUCUAGAAACUCCGAUCGAAUUGCCUCACAUCUAAUAAGACACACCAGGAAAUUAAUUCAUAUAUUUGAAUAAAUAAAAACGUUCAAUUAAGUAGCAAACUCUGAAAUAACAAAUAAAAUGCGAAAGAGAAGGUGCAAAACCAGAAAAAAAGAGAUAACCAAAAAACUAUUAAGAAUAAUAAAGAUUGAUAACAGGCACAUGGAAAUGGGAUAGAGAGAUAUCUGAGCUAAAAGACUACGUGAGUUGAGUUAUAGUAUCUACUAUGGAAAAAGUCAUCAAAGCAAACACACAUUGGUAUGAACGCUAAAUCUCGGCAUUUUAGCAAUAAAAAUUAUUGUAGAUAAUACAGGACGGGCAUUAAACUAAAACGAAAGGAAAAACAUCAACCUGAAUAGUGGAAAUCAACGUAACCCCUAAACUAAUAUAUAAUUAAAUGCAUUUAUGCAAAGGAAUAUCAAAAAUGGAUUUUACUAUCAGGAAUUACUUUGUGAACAAUUUUAUCAACUUCCAAUUUACCAGAGUCUUUCGUUGCGUCGAGUUAAAUUAUACUAAGCUUACCUGAGUAACUGAAUUAUUAGAAUUGAGAUGAUAAUGUAAUCAAAAUAGAACCGGUAAGGUGUAAUUCCAGUCUAAAAAAUUUAAAAGAAAAAUUUUGUUUUGUUCUAUGAUGUCUAGAAACUCCAAUCGAAUUGCCUCAUAGUAAAUAAGACACACAAGCAAAUGACUCCAUAUAUUUGAAUGGAAAAAAAUACGUUCAAUCAAGUAGCAAACUCAUUGGUAUGUAAGCUAAAUUUCGGCAUCCCAGCAAUAAAUAUUAUUGUAGAUAAUAUAAGACAAACACUAAACUAAAGGAAAAGAAACAACAUCACUCUGAAACGUGAAAAUAAACAAAACCUCUAAAAUAAUAUAUAAUUAAAUGCAUGUAUGUGAAGGAAUAUAAAAAAUUUCCUUGUGAAAAAUUUUAUCCACUUCCAAUUUACUAGCGCAACAUUCGUUACGUCGUGAUAAAUUAUAAUAAACUUAACUGAGUACCGAAAUUAUUAGAAUCGAAAUGAUGAAGUAUCAAAAUAGUAACGGUAAGGUGUAACUUCAUUCUAAAGAAUUAGGAUUUUAAAACGGUUAUUUAUCGAAUCAUAUGUCACGCAUAAUCUUUCUUCUUCUUUAACGAUGCGUUUCCUUCGAUGAAGAUUGCCACUUAUCUCGCCAUCGUUUUGGUUUUAUAUAUUUUGUGAUCUUGGCUAUUUGGUCACAUUAAUUCCAUUCCCUUUCCCAUUCUUAUAUUUGAUGAUUGUAUUGGUCCUAUUAUUAUAAUAGCUUCAAAAUAAAGUAGUAACUAUACAAAAAUAAUAAAACGAAUUGUUAAAUGUCCAUCCUACCCAAAAAAUUUUUUUCUAAUAAUUUCUUCAGACUUGUAGCUCUUUCAAACAUAUGUCGAAGAAAUUUAGUUUCAAAUAAUUACAAAAUAAUCAUUUGCGAAUAAAUCAUUUGAUGUUUUUCAAUAGAAUAAUUGCAUAAUUAAAAGUAUUUUUAAAUCACACGAUUUUUCUGGGCAAAAUGUUUAUUCAAAAAUGAAUUUCUAUCAAACGAUAUGAGAAUUGUAAUUUAUUUUCCAUUAAACUCCAGUUCAGUUGUCAAUUUUUUGGGAAUGCGUACUUUUUUCGUUCCAUGUUCUUGUCAAAAAAAUUUUAUUUGUAUUUUGAAGCAACGCUGUUCAUUCUGAAGUGGUUUUGAUACUUAUCGAUAUCAAUUUUAAUAAGCACUCCUAGAAUGUAGUGGAUAUAUUUCAAUGAAAUUUAUACUGGUAAAUUGAAAGAAAGUUGGUUGAAGUGUUUGUAUUCAAAUCCAUUCCUCCAUUAGUUAUAAUUUUGUAUUAAAACAAAUGAAGUCGAUGGUAUCGUUUAGUAUACAAUGGAUCUUAUGUAAUUAUAAUUUUAUUGAAUGUUAUAUAGGAUGUACUUAUGGAAACUAAAAUGUCUUCAUUAUGUCCACUACUUAUUCAUAAUUGUUGUAUUUAAUAAAUGUAUUUUAUUUCUCCUGUUGUUAAUGAGAAUUUCAUAUCUAGUCGUAAUUUCCACAAAUUAGAAAAUGAAGAAUGUUGAAAAUAUAAAUAUAUUCAAUGCAGAA